AACGUCCCUCGCCUCUCCGGCCUGGCGGUGCCCGGCCACUCCCUCCGCGGACGCGGGCCGCUGUCUGAAGGCACCGAUCGUUCGAGAGGAGCCGCCAGGCUCUGGGCAUGGAGAGCUCGGCGGGCGAUCCAUAUCGGCGGCCCGCGCGGCGCACUCAGUGGCUGCUGAGCGCCUUGGCUCACCACUAUGGGCUGGACCGUGGCGUGGAGAACGAGAUCGUGGUGCUGGCUACCGGUCUGGACCAGUAUCUGCAAGAGGUUUUCCACCACUUGGACUGCCGGGGCGCGGGCCGCCUGCCGCGUGCCGACUUCCGUGCGCUCUGCGCGGUACUGGGGCUGAACGCUGACGGGGAGGCGGCCACGGAGGACGCAAACACCACGGAGGGGACCGCCAAGAACUUGGCUGCUGGGGAGGUCGCUGGCGGGGACGCGGACAUCAGGGAAGAGGCGCGUCUGGCUCUGCGCGCCGACCCUCCUGAGCUCACCUUCCGCCAGUUCCACGCGCGCCUCUGCGGCUACUUCAGUAGCCGAGCGGGGCCCCGGCUGCCCCGCGGAGCUCUCAGCGAGCACAUCGAAACACAGAUCCGCCUCCGCCGCCCGCGCCGCCGCCGCCGGCCUGGCUCCCCGAGCCUGCACGGUGACGCCUAUGGCGAGCGCGUGGUACAACUAGAGGAGGAAAACAGUAGCCUACGCGAGCUGGUGGAGGACCUACGAGCUGCGCUGCAGAGCAGUGACGCGCGCUGCCUGGCCCUUCAGGUCGGCCUCUGGAAAAGCCAGUCGGACAUCCCGGAAACGGCGGCGCACGAGCUGCAGCGAGCGCAGGGCGCGCUGGCAGAGGCGGAAGCGCGCGCCCGGCGGCUGCAGCGCGGACAGGUGGAGGUGCGGCUGCGCACCGAGGAGGCCCGGCGAGCCGUGCGGCUCAGCUUGCACCGAGUGCGGGAGCUGGAGGCGCUGGCGCGGCGCGUACCCCGCUUGCAGCGCCAGGUGCAGCGACUGGAGGCAGAGCUUAGACGUUACCGGUCAGAAGGGCCUCAGCUCCUAACACCCCCACAAGCCAGUCCAAGGUCAGGAAACAGAAAUGGUGAACCUACGGUUGGAGGAACAGGAGAUUUGGACACCACGCCAGAGGGAGUCGAGCGUUCAGACAGCAGCUUAAGGAACAGAGACACGGAUGAAGCAGAGGAGGAGCAGCUCUUCCGCUCUGUGGAAGGCCAGGCCGCCUCUGAGGAGGAAGAGGAAGAAAGGUGGCAGGAAAAGCCAGGGCGCCCCCAGGCCCACAGCGAGGCACCCCUGCUGCAGCCCUCCAGCUGUGUGAGCAGGUGUGAUGACCAGGCAUCUGAGAUGCUCAAGGCUUCCUUUGGCCACUGUGACGGUGCAGAGCACAUGUGCACCCCAGAGCUGGAAACCCAUGUCACCAGGCUUGGGGAACAGCUGCAGACCCUGGGCUGCAGCAGAGAGACCCCGGGGACCCCGGAGGAGGAGCAGGCAGAACUGCAGCAGAUGGUGGAGACUGAGCAUCUGAAGCUGGAGUUGCAGAUGGUGGAGACAGAGAGGGUCCGGCUGUCGCUGCUGGAAGAGAAGCUGGUAGAUGUGCUGCAGCUCCUGAAAAGGCUCCGGGACCUGAACAUAUCAAAAAGAGCCCUGGGGAAGAUGUUGCUGAAUGCCCUGGACCGGAACCCCUCACAGGAGGGAACUCGUGGCACCUUGGCCAUCCUGGACGCCUUGCACCAAGCUUUGGUUGGCUGUGAACUCCUACAGAGAAAUCCCUCAGCACCAGCAUCCACAGCUCCUGCAUACACGAACCCCUUCCUCAUCUCCUGUUGAGUGCGCUGGCCCAGCCUUGGGCCACUGUGGUCAUCUCUGCCAUCAUCACACCAGCCUUGGCCACAACCAGACUAGCUAGUCUCCAUGAUCAACCUGACCACCGUGGGACUAGCACUGGCUGUCACUGGACCAGCCACCAUGGUAUUCCUGACUACCAGUGCAGCCUCCAUGGUCAGCCUGUCCACUGCUGGACUGUCUUCUGCCAUCUGAACACUCUCUACAAAUGGUCUGACUCUUGUCCCUCCCUCAGAACUCUGGCAGCCAAGGAUCCUUCCAAAACUGGGUCUAGCCGCGACCCCUUUCUGGAGCCUCUCAUAUUCUCUCAGAAUUCCCACAUUGAAAGUCUGAAGUUGCUGGAUCAGCCUGAACCUGAGGCUGUUGCUCUCAUCCCGGUCACAGUACAGGGUACAUUCCAGAAUCUCUGCCCUAGAGUCCUGAGAUCUUGGCCCCUCCCCCACCCCAGCACUGUCCUCUUCCACCAGCAUGCCUGCUGAGUGGAUCCCGGCCCAGCCUCCAGGACACACCUAAUCACUGGGGAAAUCCCCACAUCCAUCCCUGAGGAAGUGCUGAGACUAGGAACAGCAGAGUCUAUAAGCUUGUGGGUGGAAGCUGGGCUGUCACCUCAUCCAAGAGGAGAGGUGGGAUGUGGGUAGGCACAGAGAGGAAAGGCUCAGCCGGAUCAAAGGCAGGAUGCUACCAAGGACCGCCCCCUUCAAGAGUCAGUGCCCAAGGCCAGACACCAAACAGGCUGGUCUGAGCAGAGGGGCUGCCUCUGUUUGAUCCUCCCCGCUCAGCCUGAGCCCACAAGGCCCCACUUGCUCUAGCCGACCGACCUAUUCUAUUGGCCCUGCUCAAGAAAGGCUUGAUCAGGCUGUAUGCGCACUAGAACUUCAUGUGGACAAAUGUGCAAGGAAAAACUCUAGGGGAUCAGGAAAGGGAAACCCCCACUUUGGCAAGUCUAACUUUGUGAGCUUGACUCUGACCCUUACAGGAAAGAUAGAAGAAAAAUCACUGAAUACUUCUAGGAGGAGGCAGACGAUGACCAGUGUGGAAUAUACUCCCGCAUCCUGGGUUUUGUUUUCUGUUUUUCUCAGGCUGGGAUGUCCAGGCAUUGCAGGAGCUCCCAACCACGCACACCCUUGGCCUCAUUCUGUUCUUCUUCAAUAAGCUGCCAUCGAGAGAAAGCAUUUCCCUGGAGCCUGACAGGCCUUGACAAACUGGGAGAAAGAAAGUUCCUGCAGCCCAGUUCCCAGAGCUGGCCUGUCCCAGCCAGGGGAGGGCAGACCAGAGACAAGGUCACACUCACUAAAACAUUCAUGAUCACAGGCGCUGGGUUUGGUUGUUUUGCAUUCUUUGAGGAGGAUCCCCCUAUGUUGCUUAGGCUAGUCUCAAACUCCUGGGUUCAGGCUAUUCUCCUGGCUCCCAGGUAUCUGGAACAACAGGCCAGAGUCCCAUAUGUAGCUAGCUAAUCCUGGAAUGACAGAACACCCACUUCCUACAUACACGUUUUGUUACCAUGUCACAAAAGACUCAGCUCCUGGAAUUCCUUACCUGUCACAUGGGGUCAGCCUUUGGCAGAAGACAAUCUGAAGAGACAGUCAUCCCUGUCUGUAUCAGAGAGUCAUGAACCAUCGGACCAGACAUUUGAAACAUCUGGUUACCAGGCAGUUCUAAAGGAAGAGGUUAGCUACAUGCAAGACCAAGCGAGCAGCACCUGCAGAGGAUGCAGAUCCCCAGGAAGGGCCACAACUGAACAGAGUAAAGAACUCUUCCAUAUGAUCAGAGACGACGACGAUGACGAUGGUACAAAUGAGGAAAGACUUCAGAGACGAUGGAAGGAACGAGGAAGGACCCCGGAGCCUAAGGGCACAUCCUAGAAAAUUCUAGAACUGAACAUCAGAGAUGAAAAGUCUAGGGACAGAGAGCAGAAAAGGCCAAGAAGUGUUAGACAACUACAACAUGUAUAACUAAGGGCAGGGAGCACAGACACAGUUAAAGCAGAGGUGACAGUGUCCCCACACUCCUGUCAGACACCAAAGCACAGAUCCAGAAGACUAAGAGAACAAGCAGAAUAUAUGCAAAACAAAACAAAAGUUAAAAUGAUAUUGAUGCACACCUGGAAUGACAUUGAUGCCAGGUGUGGUGAUGCACACCUGGAAUUCCAUCUCUCAGGAGGCUGAGGCAGGAGAAUCAGGAGUUGAUGGCCAGCCCAAGCUAGAUAGUGGGAGCUCAUCUCAAAAAGGACAACAGGAGAAAGGAGAGAGUGAGUCACUGAGAUGGGGAGAGAACGGCCUAAUAUUCAUUGUGUCUUGAAAAAUUACCAUUCAGAUCAAAGGAGUGAAGAUUCUCAGACAAACAAAACUCAUCUGGGCUUGCAAGAAACAAAGGAAGUUUUUGGGAAGAAGGGGAAUUAUACAAACAAACAUUUUUGAUUCCUAUAAAGAAAAAAAGCCACAACAGAAAGAAUAAGUCAAGGUAGAAAAAAAAUCCUUUAUUUCUCUUAUCCUUUCUUACCUAACGAAGAGCAGUUCGUUGAUGAUCUGAUGAGAAUGACGCAUGUAUUGCAUUCAGCUUUCGUAGCGAAGUGCCCAGCAUGGGCACAAGGGCAGCGAAGGAACUGGGGACGUCAUGCUAUUGUGGAGCCCGGAAGCUUUGCUGCCCGUGGAGCAGUACAGUUGUUGAAAAUGGACUUAGAUUAGUGUGGAUGGGUGUUGCAAUGUUAGAACAGCCACUAGGAAAAGGAGGGAGGGAGGGAGGGAGGGAGAGGCAGCAAAGGAGAGAAGGUGUGAUUACAGAGAACGAUUAAUCAGAACCACAAAUGGCAGAAUACGAGCUGAAAACCAACAGCACUGUAGAGGGAGACAUCAAAACCAACAGCACUAUAGAGGGAGACAUCAGCACCUUGUCAGGAUCACCCCUAAAGAUCAAUGGUCUCUAUAACAACCAAAAGAGAGAGAUCCUCAGACCAGCCCGCUGUAUGUUGUCUGCGAGAAUCCACUCUAGGAGGCUGGAGAGACAGCUCAGCACUGACUGCUCUUGCAGAGGACCUGGGUUCAAUUCCCAGCACCCACAAGGCCACUCACAACUUCCUGUAACUCCUUUUCCAAGUGACCCAAUUGCCCUCUUGUGAUUCUUCAGACAUACAUGUGAUGCACAAACAUACACUCCAGCACAUGCACAUGAAGAAAUAACAUAAAUAAACUUCUUCAAAUAAAAGAAAUCUACUUUAGAUUUAAACAUGUGGAUUCGGUGAAGUGGGUAGAGUCAAGUACUACUGUGUUGAUGGUGAUCAAAAGAAAGUCUAACUCACUGUGUUCACUUCAGACAGCGCAGACUUCAAGGCAAGGGAAAGGAUCAGGGUCAAAGGGGCCAUCACUUGAUGUCAAAGGGGUCAACUCACUAAGAAAAUAAUGUGUCUACCUAGCAACAGCCACAAACUACCCAAGACAGAAUUAACACAAAGCCAGACAUAGUGGUACAUGCCUCCAAUCACAACACUCAGGAAGCAGAGGCAGGCAGCCCUCUGUGAGUUCAAAGUCAGCCUAUUCUACGUAGACCUUGUCUCAAAGAAAAAUAUAUCAAUAAAACUUUCAAGAAACUUAUGAGUCCACUGUUGUAGUUGCAGACUUCAACUGUUCUGUAAGAAAUGGACGCAUCCAGCAGGUCUGAUAUCAGUAAAUCUGAACACACCAGAACCGGCAAGCAGAUGGAUCCAAUGGACACAGUCUACUCCUCCCACAAUGGCGCAAAUGCAGUCUUCAAGCUCAGACCUUCUCCACAUUCUGGCCACAAGCACUAAGCACUCUUAGCUGGAUGGCAAUGGGGACAUCCCCUGCUGGAAUGUAUGGGACACACAGCAACAGCAAUGCUCAGAGAGAAAUGCACGGCAUGGAAACACAGAUGUUAGUAAAAACGAGACGUUCACAGAUCAAUACUCCUCCACCUCAAGAAGUUAUAAAAUGAAAAUCAAAGUGUAAGACCAACCUGACCGGUACAUCCCCAUUCGACGUAUACAAAUAGAAUAAAAAUUAGAGCAGAAAUCAAACUCAGAGUAGGACCUUAGAAAAGCCAAAGCUAAUUCUUUGAAAGAUUAAAGAAAUUGGUUAAUAAAAGUUUCUCACCAGGCUAAUUAAGAAAAACCAGAGGAAGCAACUUACUAUACCAGAGGUGAGGGAGGGGCUGUCACUGCAGGACAGCUCUUAACAGCACCAGAAAUAUUUCAAGUGUGACUAUGAAUAAGCCCUGUGAACAAAAUAAAAGGGACCGAUUCCUUGAGAAACACAUAAAAACCACAUACAAGAAAUCUGAUAUGUAUUAGAUAAUAUAGUUAAUAAUUUAACAAAACAGAAAAAUAACAAGGCCCAGGACAGUUUCUCAGCACCACUGAACUGUAGGGAAAAGGUUAUACAGGUCAUCUUACAAGUCUCCUCCAGAAAACAGAAACAGGCCUUCUUUCCAUCCCCUCCUGGAAGGUCAGGAUUGCCAGCAUGCUAGCAAAUAAACAAGACAGAGCAAAAUGUCUCAGAGGUGCAGCUACAGCAAGUCACGCUCAACAGCGUAAACUGGAGACACAGCUCACUGGCAGGUGAUUGGCCUUCACUCGGGACCCAGACUUAGUCUCUAACAGAAAGGAGUAAGGAAGGAAGGAAGCAAGGAAGGAAGGAAGGAAGGAAGGAAGGAAGAAAGAAAGAAAGAAAGAAAGAAAGAAAGAAAGAAAGAAAGAAAGAAAGAAAGAAAGAAAGAAAGAAAGAAAGAAAGAAAGAAAAGAAAAGAAAGAAUUGCUCACCUUACCCCAAGUGGAGCUGACUUACUGUGGUAUGGGAAGGAGGCAGGACACCAGGACACCAUGGCCUCGUAGGUGAGGCUGGUACAUAAUGCUCCUUGAGCCUUCAGAGCAUUACUGGCCUACAGCCUGAGGCACUGUGUCCCUCACCCAGUGUACAGAGAGACCUUGAACUUGGAUGGGAUCUGAGCCUAAUGCCCUGGAUACUUGCCUCUCCUAGCCAAGUACAAAGUUCAGGAUGAGAUGACCUCAGAAGACAGUGGGAUUCUCUGGACGAAGGUCUGAGACAUGGCCGGUGCAGCAUCUAUGAUUAUCAGAAAGCUGUGGAAUUGCCUCACGUCCACUCGGCAGUGACAAGGACUGCUGCUCUAUUUCAGUUUCUCCCUGGGGUGGGGGUAAGGGGUCAAGAAUAGCCAGGGUGGUUACACACUGGGAUGGAGGGAGGGAAACUUAGACAGGCGAAUGUGGGUGCACUGUUGGAUCUCAUGUAAGUAAUAAGCACACUAGAAAACUGCUUUGGGGAACUAGUUCAUUGCUUGGAGGGGGAAGGGGUAUUUAUUCCCCUGGGGAGGUGGCCAGGGUCUUUGGGGCAAGAUUUAUGUGGCUGUUUACCAUUGGCUAGGUUAGAGGUGUUGGAAGAUAUUUUAUCUGCAUAUUCAGGGGCUUUGUUGAAGGGGGUUGGGGGCCUUAUAAGUCAAACAAGGAGUAAAGUCUGAUAACUUUCAGGGUAAUAAAUUCCUGCUAGGAUUGGUAGUGGGACUUUCUGACACCAGGUUGCGAGUGGGGAGGUAGCCUACUACUGCGGUCCUCAUGUUUGAGGUAUCCGAGGUUGAUGCUCCCUAAACCCUUCUUCUGUAACCCAGGGCCAUUACGGUUCCACAGAGGACCCUACUCACUUCCACACAGCUCAACAUCAGAGCCCAGCAUGCCUGACCAAAGACCAGGCUCGAACCACUUGAUCAGUCAGCCCACAGACCUUUCCAGAACUCAAGGUCUGAGAUGCCCAGGGAAGAGUAAAGCACCUCACAGGGAGAUGACACUGUGCAGCUGAGCUGAUGGCUGAAGCCACAUCUCCAGAGAGCUGUCAAGGAAACUCUCCUUGAGUCAAAAGUAGUUAUACAGGAACGAUUCCACUGAAACAGAACAUCCCUCGACAUUUGAACCCCCAAAAUGAUAAAAACCAAGUUAGUUAGUUGGUGGAUAGUGGGUCCCAGAACCCUGACCCAACGUUGCCUUUGCUUCCUGGGAGUCCAAGGAAUCACUACACACCAAUGAACUCUUUGGUCUAUGCUGGUCAAUGAAGCUGUCUUCUUUUUUGUUUAAUUGAUAAAAUUUAAAUGGGCAAUUUGAUUUUAAACCCAUAUUAACAAGGUUUUCUCUGUAUGAAUGAUAAUAUAGCCAAAGAUUAGUUCACAUUCCCAUUAUUUUACAUACCAUGUAUUGUUGAGUGCAUACCAGGCCUGAGGCAUGGUGAGUUUCAAAGCAGGUGAAAUUAAACUAUAUUUGCACAUUUAUAUUUCUAUAUUGGCCCAAUAAAUAAAACUAGACAAAGAAUGUAGAGAGUCUAAAAAACAAAAUCAACAAUAAUAACACCAAAAUAACCUUACCUGUAUAAACAAGCAGAUACAGAUGAAUUUCACAUUCAGUAACUCAGAAAAGUAAAUCCAGUGUUUUCUAUUUUUCACACACAAAAACAAAGCUUGCAAUUUAUGCUAAACAUAUCUUUGAAAAAGAGCUAAAAGAAUGUAUUAAUCCUUUUCACAUGCAAUACAUAAACAUUGAUUUAAACUCAUUGCACCCUUUUAUAGUAUCCUUGUAAAAACUAAUUUUAUCAGCCAAAGUUCUACUAAGUAUUUUAAAAUUCUUUUUCAAUGUGAAAUCUAGGAUUUCUUUGAAAAAAUGUAUACAAUAUAUUCUGAUCAUGCUUUUCUCCUCUCUUGAAUCUUCAAAGAUCCUUCCUACCCAUCCAACUCUACAGCCUUUCUUUCUCUUUUUUAAAAAACAAACAACAAAAACAUCAAGAAACAUACACACACAAACCCUACAGAAAUGGAAACCAAAAUGUGCAAGCAAAAAAAAAAAAAAAAAACCCUAAAAAACAAACAAAACCCACAGUGCCCAAACAAAACAAUCUGACACAAAAAAUCUGCAAGAUUUCCAUUGAGAGCCAGGUGGUGGUGGUGCACACCUGUAAUCCCAGCACUCUGGGAGGCAGAAGCAGGCAGAUUUCUGAGUUUGAGGCCAGCCUGGUCUACAGAGUGAGUUCCAGGACAGCCAGGGCUACACAGAGAAACCCUGUCUCAAAAAACCAAAAAACAAACAAACAAAGAAUUCUAUUGAGUUUGUUUUGUUCUGUCAAUCUACUGCCGUGCCUGGAGCCUCCCCUGAAGUGUGGUUAAUGUCCAUGAGGUUCCACUGGGGAAAUCGGGAGGUGGUUGCAGAUAGCUUCUUGCUUGGGGUGGGAGCCUGUGUCCACUCCCCCCUCUCAGUGCUGGGACCCAUCUGGAAACAGCUGUCUUCUUAAUAAAGGCCUCGUACUUAUUUGA